UCCCGCUUCCGAGUGUUGGGUGGUAUAUAACCCCUGCCUUGGUCAACUGUCCAGCUGUUGGACUCGUCUCGACAUCAACUCUGUUGACUUCGUGUCUUCACAUCAUCGGACUACUCUCAAUUCAUUCCAUUCGGACUCGGACUUGUGUUUUUUUCUCAUUGUUUUGUGUUAGUGCUGUGAGUUGUCAACUCAACCCUAGAGUUAAUUCCUGACGAUGCCUGGCUCCAGCAGAAAUAUUCACAGAUCUCUCCGUAGAACCAGAAAUGGCUCCGUCCGUCACAGGCUUCCAUAUUCUCGGGCAUUCAGGGUUGCAUUAAGUCUAGGAUCAGGGCAGAUCUUCACCCGGAAUGCCCGUCUGCGAUAUUCCCAGACCUAUGAUCAGCGUCAGCCCCUUACUUCUGGUCAUGUCGACAACCAGACUACUAACCAUCCCCAGUCUUCCAGUCAGCCCCACCCCCAGUCUUCCAGUCAGCCCCACCCCCAGUCUUCCAGACAGCCCCACCCACAGUCUUCCAGUUAUCCCUACCCCCAGUCUUCCAGUCAGCCCCACCCCCAGUCUUCCAGUGAGCCCCACCCACAGUCUUCCAGUCAUCCCUACCCACAGUCUUCCAGUCAUCCCCACCCACAGUCUUCCAGUCAUCCCCACCCCCAGUCUUCCAGUCAGACCCACCCCCAGUCUUCCAGUCAGCCCCACCCACAGUCUUCCAGUCAUUCCUACCCCCAGUCUUCCAGUCAGCCCCACCCACAGUCUUCCAGUCAUCCCCACCCCCAGUCUUCCAGUCAUCCCCACCCCCAGUCUUCCAGUCAGCCCCACCCACAGUCUUCAAGUCAUCCCCACCCCCUGUUUUCCAGUCAGCCCCACCCCCUGUUUUCCAGUCAGCCCCACCCCCUGUUUUCCAAUUAUCCCCACCCCCGGUUUUCCAGUCAUCCCCACCACCAAUCUUCCAAUCAGCCUCACCCCCAGACUUUAAAUCAGCUCCAUCCUCAGACGUCCAGGCGGCGACGACUCCGGUCCUCUAAUCAGCAACGUCCCCAGACGUUUAUUCAGCGACGAAUCCGGUUCUCUGGUCAGCAAGACCCCCAGACAUCUUUAGAAGCGUUCUCAAUAGUGCAUAAUAUGCAUCGCACUGGAGCGUUUCGGACCUACAGAACAACAGUAGAGGAAUCCGAAUCUUACUCUGACACCUCUGUGGACAGCUCAGACUACAUCAGCUCAGAUGGCAGCUCAGAUAGCAGCUCAGACGACAGCUCAGAUGACAGCUCAGGUGACAGCUCAGAUGACAGCUCAGAUGACAGCUCAGGUGACAGCACGGACGACGACGUGGUGAUGGAGAUGACGGUGAAGAAGUCACAGAUCUGCCCACCGGUCUCAGCAAGGAAUGAGUCUUUCCAACCUGAACUUUGCGCCAAGGACGCUGUGGGUGAAUGCCACGACCCUGCCUGCCCUUUAUCACACUUCCAAGUUUGUGACUUUUGCAAAAAGCCAAAACUUCACCCAACAAACAAUAGCGAGAGGUCCCAGCAUUUAAAGGAUUGUCUGUUUGAGCAAAGCAAAGACAAAACGUGCGAAGUCUGUUUGGAGACUAUCUUACAACCUCAGUCGGAGAACAGAUUUGGGCUCCAGCAAAACUGCAAACAUUGUGUUUGCUUUGAUUGCUUAAGAAGAUGGAACCAAAACAAGAAAAUGGCCAAUCACAAAGCCUGUCCCACCUGCCGCACAGAUUCAGGCUGCAUCCUGAGUAGUAGGUAUUGGAUUGAGCCAGUCGAAGUCAAGGGCCCAGUCAUGCAGUACGUCAAGGAGUUAUUGGAGAAUACAGUCAAACCAAACUCUACUGUCUAUGAAAUCAUAGAAUUAAUUUGUUAAAUCCUCACAAAUUUGUAAUCAGUCAAUCAGGGCCAGCGAGAGAUAAAUGUUUAUUGCAUAUAUUUCAUUAAUAAUUCAAAUAAAAUA